GGAAAGGAGCAAGGGGGAAGGAAAGGGAAGGAAGGGAACAGAAAGGAACAGAAGGGAAACUAAGGGGACUGCUCUUUUGGGAACAUGUUUGCCUGGUAAGCAAGAGGACCUAAUUUUCACUACAGAACCUAAGUGAAAUGCCAGGGGUGCCAAGCACGGUGGCAAAAGGCUUAGCCACCCUAGCACUUGAGACUGAGGUAGGCAGAGCUCUGUGAGCUGGAAGGCUGCCAAGUCUAUGUAGCAAAUUCUAAGAUGCUCCAUGAUACAGAAUGAACAGGCUGUUUAAAAAGACAAAAAACAAACAAACAAACAAACAAACAAACAAGCAAAACAGCCAGGACUGGUGGGGCAUGCUUCUAAUCCCAGUGCUGCGUGGGAUGCUGGGUAGGAAGCAUUUCUUUUGGAAAAAAAAAUCUCUACAAAUCUCUGUUGAGAGUUAAAAAAAAUGUGUAAUAUAACCUUUACCUUAUAGUUUAGUCAGCAUGGUUUUUUUCAAAGUGUACACUCAAUUAACUGUUACAGACUCGUUAGUUUCUCUAAGAUGCUUGCUGGUUAUCUGGUCCAAGUCCUGUGAUGCUUUCUCAGCCUCAGACUCCAUUUGGAAGCAGCAGAGCCAAACCGUUCCACCCAGAAUUGAAAUCACGAGCUGGCACUCCAUUUACUGUUCUUGAAGAUAAGGCUGUAUACGAGAACCCAUAGGUUUUUUUUUGUUUUGUUUUGUUUUUUUAAUCCAAAAUGUUAUAGUGAACGAUUAAAUUCCUGUUUUUAACAAGUUACUUCUAAUGAAAUGGAUAAAAAGAGACAAUACUGUCCUAUAAAUUAUUAUAUUUAAAAAACUGUCCCCAAUUCCCAAUUUCCCACAUACCCACAUGUGCACACAUGGUAACAGAAACACACACACACACACACACACACGUACACACACUACAUCAGCUAUGAUGAGAAAGGAAGUUUAUUGUGAAGUAAGUUAAGAAAUACAAACACAACUGAAGGAGCCAGAGAUUCUCUGCUGGGCUACUUGGGCAUUCUGCAGGUAGGUUACAUUUUGCUCUGGUUUGCCUUAGCACAGGCUAAGUCUGCAAUGUCUGAUAAUUGGAUGUUUCCUGGGGAGCACAGAGCCUGCAGAAGCUUGACAUUUGCACAGUUCACAAGCCACAGCAGAGCUCUCCCCAAUACCUCUGCUUCUGCAUAGGCUCAGUAUGUUUCUCCUGAGUGAUGACAACUGAAACCUUGAGCUUCUGUGGGUAUGGACUCUGUUGACCUGAGAGGAUUCAUUCCCAACCAUUUUGGCCACUCCUAAAUGGCAGCAUUCCUUGGAAGAUGUCACAGUCUGCUUGGAAAAGGCAUAGGGAAAACAGAAUACAUAGGACCAGACAACAGGAUGCAGAAGAGAAUCCUAAGCUAUGACACAUCCAGGAUCCAGGAAGUGAGCAUGGGCAUCCUCACACCUGACUUGGGCAGGAUAUAAAGACCCCAGGGUCAGGAGGCUCCACACUGCACAUCUUCCUCUCCACCUGCUCCUCUGAUCUACUCCAUCCUCAACCAAACACCAGAACCAUGACCUGCUGUGGCUGUUCAGGAGGCUGUGGCUCCAGCUGUGGGGGCUGUGGCUCCAGCUGUGGGGGCUGUGGCUCUGGCUGUGGGGGCUGUGGCUCCAGCUGCUGCAAGCCUCCUGUGUGCUGCUGUAAGCCUGUGUGCUGUUGUGUUCCUGUCUGUUCCUGCUCAGGCUGUGGAGGCUGUGGCUCCAGCUGUGGAGGUUGUGGCUCCAGCUGUGGGGGCUGUGGCUCCAGCUGUGGAGGCUGUGGCUCUAGCUGUGGGGGCUGUGGCUCCAGCUGCUGCAAGCCUGUGUGCUGCUGUGUGCCUGUCUGUUCCUGCUCCAGCUGUGGAGGCUGCAAGCCCUGCUGCUGCCAGUCCAGCUGCUGCAAGCCCUGCUGCUGCCAGUCCAGCUGCUGUAAACCCUGUUGCUGUCAGUCCAGCUGCUGCAAGCCCUGCUGCUGUCAGUCUUGCUGCUGCAAGCCCUGCUGCUGUCAGUCUAGCUGCUGCAAGCCCUGCUGCUGUCAGUCCAGCUGCUGCAAGCCCUGCUGCUGUCAGUCUAGCUGCUGCAAGCCCUGCUGUUCAUCAGGCUGCGGGUCUUCCUGCUGUCAGGACAGCUGCUGAAGCUGUCUGCCACGUCCCCAUGUGCUGCCAGUGCAAGAUCUAAGACUCUUCUCAUCUUGACCUUCCCCUCUGAAGUACCUUCCUCAGCUGUGGCCUCCAGUUUAUCUCCAGGUUCCUGAUUAUCCUGCUUGUUCCCUUAGCACUCCUGCUUCCCACAGCUUCAACUCAAAAUUGGAUUUUGAGUUGAAUGGAUUUUGAGUGCCAUGAAGAGGCCAUCUGCUCAUCUACUAUGGGCUAACAAAUUCUCCUCUGCACUCAUGUACCUCUAGUGCCCUCACCCACCUCUUGCAAUAAGGUGAGCAUUCAGACUUACUUGGACUUGUAAGCCAAGGAAUAGCAAUCCCUGCUUUAUCUUAAGUUGAAAAUCACAAACUAAUAAACACAUCCCAUGGACCAAUGCAAGCAUGCCUCAUUCAUUUAUCCUGUCCCUGGCUCUCACUCCAUGGU